AUGUCAGACCCUGCGAACUACACAGUGGGCUUUAUCUGCGCUUUGCUCGUGGAAUACGUUGCUGUACAGGCAUUUCUCGAUGAGGAGCACAAAAGGCCCAGCUUUGUGUCGCCGAAUGACACCAACGACUAUACAUUAGGCAAGAUGCACGACCACAACGUCGUUAUCGCCGUCUUGCCUGAUGGUGAAUACGGCACAGAUUCCGCGGCUAAUGUAGCCACAAACAUGCUGAACACCUUUCAUAACGUCAGGAUAGGCCUUAUGGUCGGCAUCGGUGGCGGCGUACCUAGCGAAAAGCACGACGUUCGCCUAGGCGAUGUCGUGGUCAGCGCGCCUCGUGGUGGUGAGGGUGGCGUCUUCCAGUAUGACUUUGGCAAGUCAAUCCAAGAGCAAAAUUUUCAGCACACGCGGCACAAUACAAGAAAAAAGGGGCAUAAGCUUAUGGAGGCUAUCAAUAUCAUUCUCGAUACGAACACUCGGCUGCGCAGCGAAUACCAACGUCCGGAAUCAAUCACGGAUAGGCUCUUUCGGCCCGCUUUUAGUCAUAAAUCAAAUUGCGGUGCUGUAUCUUGUGCAAAUGAUGCUUCAAACUUGGUUUUACGACGUGAGCGGUCUAAAGAAGAGGAUAAUCCUGCAAUUCACUAUGGCUUGAUUGCUUCUGCCAAUCAAUUAAUGAAGGACGCUUUGAUUCGAGAUAGACUAGCGGCGGAGAAAGACGUACUCUGUUUCGAAAUGGAAGCAGCCGGGCUGAUGAACACUUUUCCUUGUUUGGUUAUCCGGGGUAUCUGUGACUACUCGGAUUCGCAUAAGAACAAAGAGUGGCAAGGUUAUGCAGCGAUGGUGGCAGCUGCAUACGCCAAAGAUCUUCUAGAGAGGAUACCUCUAAGUAGAAUCGAGGCCGAGGAGAGGAUUCGGGUUAUUCUAUCUGACGUGUUGAAAAGUACCAGCCAGAAUUCAGAUCGAGCGUACGAGCAACGAGAACGACACCAAGAUGAGCAGAAAAUAAGAGCUUUGACGGAGCAGCAACAACGCUGUCACCAAGUUUUCAAAACAUCGAACUACGAGGAGCAAAAGAACAUCAAUCCACGCCGAGCGGAAGGAACUUGCCAAUGGGCGUUACAGAGCCUCGAGUAUAUUCGUUGGUUGGAUAGCAGCUGCAAUGAUCUCCUAUGGGUGUCAGCCGAUCCAGGCUGCGGGAAGUCUGUACUGGCUAGAUCCAUUAUUGAUGACUAUAUGCGAGAUUUGAGUCCAGCAGUGACAAUAUGUUACUUCUUUUUUAAGGACAACGAUGAUCAGAACAAUCUGGCUGUAGCAUUAUGCUCAGUACUACACCAGCUCUUUAGCCAACGACCUCAUCUAUUACACUAUGCUAUGCCUUCCUGGGAAAGCAAUGGAGAGAGGCUCCGACAAGAGGUUGAUGACCUAUGGCGGAUCUUUAUAGCGGCAACAUCAUCUGACUUAUCGUUUACGACGAUAUGUAUUUUUGAUGCACUUGAUGAAUGCCGUAAGAUUGAUCGGGAUCGAUUGAUUCCCAAGCUCCAACUAUUCCACUGCCAGCCAUCUUCAUCAGAAAAGGAUACCUGUUUAAAGUUUCUGGUCACUAGUCGCCCCUAUGACCACAUCCAGAGUUGCUUCCGAGCGAUAACGGACUUUUCCCCGCAUCUACACCUGAAGGGGGAGGAAGAAAAUGAUCAAAUUCGUAAGGAAAUUGAUCUGUUCGUGAAGCUAGAGGUUAAGAAGCUAGCCCUAGAAGAGCGAUUAUCCCCGGAUAUACAGCAACAACUUGAGCAACAGCUUUUGAAAAUGGAACACCGCACUUAUCUUUGGUUACAUCUGACAAUUGGUCACAUUCAAAUCGAGUUCCACAGAAGCCUUCUGUCUACAGAAGAAGCAAUUAAAGCAAUGCAAAUAAACAAACUGGUACCCGAGUCGGUCAAUGAUGCAUACACAAAGAUUCUUAGUCGAGUUUCUUCCGAUGCACAUGAAGCGGAGACCGCGAAGAAGAUCUUGCAAAUUAUUGUUGCUGCACGCCGUCCUCUGACAACGGUGGAAAUGGCCAUGGCGCUAGGUAUAGCCAACUCCCCACAAUCACGAACUGCAACAAAAGCUGGAAUUGAUUCAUCGGUGAUAGGUGAGAAGCUCCGCUAUUAUUGUGAUCUCUUUGUUUUUAUCAAUAGCGGCAAAAUCUUCCUCAUUCAUCAAACUGCAAGAGAAUUCCUUAUCUCGGAGAGCAAUCCAAACAACAAGGAUCUCGUAUACUCAUGGAGACUGAGUGAUGCUGAGCGCCAGAUGGCUCAGAUCUGUUCACAAUACUUGUUGAUGGGGGAUUUGGUGUGUGAUGAUAGUAGACUUUGCUCCAAUACGCGGGAUUUCCUUUCCUAUUCAGCAGUCCAUUGGCCUUACCACGUGAGCCAAAUGAAUCUGGCUUCAGACCCAGAAGCUCUCGACCGAGUACAUCGAUUAUACGACACGGGUGGAAAACCAUUCUCACUCUGGUUUCCUGUCUUUUGGAAGGCAACAAUGCCUCACAAGAAUGUGCCUACAAUGGGAGCACUACAUCUAGCAGCAUUCAACGGCCAUGAGCAGGAAGUCGAAUUUCUACUUCGUGUUCAUAAAAGAGCCGUUCUCAUACCAGAUAGCACAAACACGUACGCCAUCCAAUGGGCGUCAUUGAAUGGGCAUAAAAGGGUCGUGCAGCUACUGCUCAAUCGUGGAGCCCAUGUCAAUGCCCAGGGUGGUCGCCAUGGAUACGCCCUCGUGGCCGCUUGUUUCAACGGACACAUAAAUAUUGUGCAGUUACUGCUCAAUCGUGGAGCCCAUGUCAAUUCCCAGGGUGGUCGCCAUGGAUACGCCCUCGUGGCCGCUUGUUUCAAAGGACACAUAAAGAUUGUGCAGCUACUGCUCAAGCGUGGAGCCCAUGUCAACGCGCAGGGUGGUCGCCACGGAAAUGCUCUCCAGGCUGCUUGCGCUGGAGGGCAUGACAAGAUCGCACAGCUGCUCCUACAAGAAGGAGCCGCCGUCAAUGCCCAGGGUGGAUUUUACGGAAAUGCUCUCCAGGCUGCUUGCGCUGGAGGGCAUGACAAGAUCGCACAGCUGCUCCUACAAGAAGAAGCCGCUGUCAAUGCCCAGGGUGGAUUUUACGGAAAUGCCCUCCAGGCUGCUUGCUUUGGAGGGUAUGAUAAAAUCGUGCGGGAUCUUCUAGGCCAUGGGGCUGAUGUCAAUGCCCGGGGCAGGAAGUAUACCAAUGCCCUCCAAGCUGUUUAUCACCAGGGAUGGUGUACAAUAGCUCAAGUUCUCAUAGAGCAUGGAGCCGAUGACAUACCGAGUGAUGACGGGUCGAUACCGGACAUUGUUGCCGCGAACCACGGAUAUUGGGUGAAGGCCUUUGCAUGA